AUGCACGUCGUCAAGCGUCGCGUGCUCCAGAUGGACGACGAACAAUUGCGCGCCGUCGCCGCCGUCGUCGUUCCCGGCCGGAGGACCCAGACGCUCAGACGCGACGAGAUGCAGGAGAUGUGCAUGAAGUGGUGGGAGUUCGGUAUAGUCAUUUUUCGCGACGAGAUUGGUAGAUAGUGGGAAAAUUAUUAGUGGCCACUUUAGAGGCUCGCCAAGGACUACUUGGAAAGGUCACUAAAGUGGCCACCUGAACCCACCUCUAUAGUGGCCACUAUUUUCCGUUUUAGUGGUCACUUCAGUAGUUUUUCAUCCAGUAUUCCUUCCAUGACUCUGAUAAUUUUAAAACAAACUGAUUGGACCAGUUAUGUUGAUUCAUUGACCCCUAAAGUGGCCACUAAAAUUUUUUUUUAGUCUAUCAGUAGCACUUACACCUCUUUAGUGGCCGCUAAUUUUUAACCCCUAAAGUGGCCACUAAUUUGACUACUAUAGUGGCCUCUAAAACGUCAAAACCCUUUAGUGGCCACUAAAAUUUUUCACAGUAACCCAGGGUGAAGCGUUGCGUACGCGACGCGGCUGUUGGCGAGAAGCUCGAGUUCAAACGCGAGAUACCAUAUUUAUCCUUUUUGACAGUUUUUCAAUAAGUUUAAACUUUUUGGAGAGUGGUCCCUUCAGUGACAGCCUUCCUUGGGGCCCUAGAUAUAUUUCCCUUAAGAGACCACUACCUCCUUCUACAGGUGCCAUUAAACUGGCCACUCUAAAGGUUUCAGUAAGGGACCACUCUAGGGGAGCAUGCUAAUGAUCCCUUUUCGUCUUCGUAACUUUAAAAUAGAGCAAAAAAGAUUAAGAGAUCACUCUAGGGGUCUAUUAGGCUUUAGGGGUCAGGCCUAAAUUUUAUCCCUCCAGAGAACACUUUAUGUCCCAUAUCGGGGCUGUUUCAGCUCUGACUCCUAUAGGGACCACCUGAGCGCUUCUAUGACUAUUUUUACAAUAGAUACCUGCUUCAAAAUGGGAAAAUUAUAUUUAAAAAGCUCUCAAAUCGUCAUUUUACCCAACAAAGGGGCAUUUCUUGUGACCCGCUAGUUUGGCCGAGACUGCGACAAACCAUUCUCUCCUAAUUGCUCACGGAAAAAAAGUCAAUUUCUUCACACUUUCCCUUGACAAACGAGUCUGACGGAAUUCCAGGUUGUUCGCCAACGGCCUCUCCAUGAACCAUUCCUUCGAUCUGCAAUAUGUCGAUGGCGAGGUCUUCGUCGUGAUGUCCAGCAAGAAGGCUUGUUCCUGCUGUCCUAAAGGUAAACAGCUAUAGUCAAUGUUUUCCGACUUGAAAGGCGAGGGAGGCGGGGCAAGGGGCGGGACGCGUAGCGUGUGCGUUCGCGGUUCGUGGCACGAGUUCAAUUCAUUUUUCGCCGACUAUUUAAAAAGCUCGGCCACCGCUCUUUUUCAAUGUUUUCUACUAUUUUUUGAUGCAAACAUGAAAAUAAUCAAUAAAUAAUUGGAAAAGGAAUGAAAAAAGCAAAAAACGGGCUUUUCAAAGAGUAGAUGGUGGUUGAAUUGAACACGUGCCAAGAACCGCGUACGCACACGCUACGCGUCCCGCCCCCUGCCCCGCCUCCCUCGCCUUUCAAGUCGGGAAACAUUGACUAUAUAGUCUAUAGUCUGUUCAGAUUAAAAAUGUCAAGUCGUCGCUCAAGCUCCGCCCCCUAAUGGCGCAAAUAAACCAAUCAGAAAGCGAGCCAUCCACAGAGCGUUUUCGAAUGACGUCAUUCUAUUUGACAUUCAAAAUCUGAACGGACAAUAAUUAAAGGGUUGUUUACAUAGUUAACAAUUAGGAUAUUGUUUCAAAGACCAUUAAAGGAAAAUCCUGUCGAAAAUGUGCAAAAAUACCUUUUUAAAAAAUGGCUUUUCAAGGCAAAAAAAGUUGCAAUUUUCCAAAACAGUUGAUCUUUUGAUAACAUAUUUAGGAAAAAUUGAUGAAGAAAUUAAGUGUUAGGUCUACUACUGAGAAAAAAUGUUUCAAAUUUAUUUAUUACUCUAGAAACUGGAAGGUCAGCUAAAAUUAACUUGAAAUUAUAGGUUUUAACAAAAAAAUUUUCGAACAUUCAAAGGACUAUUUUUAAUUAAUUUCGAACUAUUUCUGAUUUCGUGUUUCAACUGGCCUUUUUCAAAUUUCAUAUGAGAUGUUUUAACCGCAAAAAUAAAAUGACCUUCCUUGUGAGGUAUCAAAAAAAUUUUUUUGAAAAUCAUUUUUUUGAUUUUUUUCUUAAAUUUAUAGUAUAGUGAGGUCUCCGCGUGUUUUUUCGAAACUUUUUCAAGUUUUUUUCUCCUUUUUUUAAAAUUAACUUUUAAAAGUUCUACAGCAAGCGACGAGGCGAACCUGCGUGAUUUCGAUCGAUCUCCAAUGGGCGAAAGCCUAUUGACGGCGACGACACAAAAGGCCAGACGGGAAAACGGGAAAUAUGCACAAAACGGUCCAUUCCGCGUUUGAUUUCCCUUGAUUAUAUUGCUUUUUCAGUGGAAGGACCCAGUUCGACCAGGACGACUAGGUUGAAAAUGGACCCGGAUGCUCCGAAAGUCCAUCAGCCGUCGUCUAAAAGUGAAAAAGUUUGCGAUUCAUUGAGGGUAUUUUUCUUUUUGUUUUUAAUUUACGGUGAAAAAAAAAAAAUUCAAACAAAAAAAUACUAAAAAAACGCAAAUUUUUCCGUCGCGAAAAAGAGGCUUCGAAUUUUCUUCAAAAUUCCAUGAAAAUAAAAUAUUUUUUUCAUCACUGAAAGAUGAUCGCACGUGGAAUGGCUCAGAAGCAAAACGGUUCCUUUUUAAACGCGCCUGACCAAAAAAACGACUUUCCAUCCGAAUAAAGUUCGUUUUUCGGCUUCUAACCGCAACGCGACCGCGACGCUUCUAGCCAUUCCACGUGCGAAAGAAAACCAAAAAAACCUUCUAGAGUUCGAAGGAAAAUUAUUUUUUUAAUCAAAUUUCUUUUUUUCAAUCUUGAUUUUUGAAGGUUAAAAAACUGAUUUAUUCGCUCGUAACUAUACAUGCAGCUUAUAAAUAUAAAUUUUUCCUUAUAACUAUGAAUUUCAGGAGCCACGCCCCUUCACCAACGAACAAAGUACAGCCUGUCAAGGAGCCGAAGCCUUUGGAAACCUUCGAAAUCGACGCUCCAGGUUCUAUAUUUUUAUUUUUUGAAAAUCGCCAAUAAUUCGAAUUGAUCAGACCUCUUCAGAACAUCGAUUAAAAACCCAGAAACCAGGAAUUUCAUUAAAAUCAAAUUUUUUAUGAAAUAAAAUAGAAUAAAAGUAUUUUUCGAUCAUUCAAAGGUGUCGAUUUUUCCUUCUUUUGCUGAAAAAAAUAUUCUGGAGCUCCUUAAGUGACCACUUGAAAAAAAUGGUCGAAAAAGUUCACAGCACUCAGGAAAUCCAAAAAAAAUUUCUUUUUCUGGAUAGAUUUGAGAUCAGUUUCCUUUCUCCUCAAUAAAGCUUGCAAAAUGAUAAUUUUGUUAUAAUUUUUGAUUUAAAAUUACUGUUUUAUCAUUGUCAAACAGUGAAACUGAUCCCUGCCACUUUGUGAAUCACUUCGAAGAAUUAUCAAACAAUUUGCAGCCCUCAAGCCCCUUCAAUGACCACUUGAAGAAAAGUCAUAAAACAUUUUUCAGCCCUCAAGCCCCUUUAAUGGCCUCUUGGAAAAAUCGUCAAACUUUGCAGCCCUCAAGCCUCUCAAUGACCUCUUGAAAAAAAUUCAUCGAACAAUUUGCAGCCCUCAACCUCUUAAAUGACCACUUCAGAAAAUUAUCAAUCAUUUUGCAGCUCCCAAGCCCCUUUAAUGACCCCUUGAAAUAAUAACCAAAACUUUGCAGCCCUCAAACUUCUCUAAUGGCCACUGUUAAAAAGUCAUCCAUAAUUUUGCAGCUCCCAAGCCCCUUCAAUGAGCACUUGAAAAAAAUUCAUCAAACAUUUUGCAGCCCUCAAACCUCUUCAAUGACCACUUGAAAUAAUAACCAAAAAUUUGCAGACCUCAAGCCUCUUUAAUGACCACUUCAAAAAAUUUUCCCAUAUUUUUGCGGCCCUCAAACCCCUUCAAUGAUCCCUUAAAAAAGUCAUCAAACGUUUUGCAGCUCCCAAGCCCCUUGAAUGACCACUUGAAGUAAUAACCAUAACUUUGCAGCCCCCAAAAAGGAGAGCGGCUGGACGGCGGCGAAACGUGAGUGCGGCUACUGUUGCAUGUCGCUCUGCUCGAACAUAUGA